UCAUUAUCAGAACAAUAAGAGACUGCAACAGAAAAAAGGGUCAAACAGCAGGCUGCAUAUUUGGCGAGAAGAGAGUGACAGUCCUCUCCUCUUCUUGAUCCUCCGUGCUUCUGCUCCUCGCCUCCUCCGCCCUCAAAUUUCUCGGCUUCACAAGGAUUCCAAGAGAUAACUCACUGGAAGAGGAUCUUGAAAGGAAGCCAUGGGAGAGAAAAAUGUUGCUCGGAACUAAGCGAUAACCAUCAUAUAAUGCUAGCACUUCUGCGGAAAAUGGAGGAUCAUCCAGGCCAUCCUAUUUCCAACUAUGAUUUCUUGUCAGGGAAUGGCUGUCAUACAAAGAAAUUAGGUCAUAAAAUCUACGACCAGGACUCCUCAUCAACCAAGUCUGGCCGGUCUCAACAAGAAGCAUCUGCAAUGAGUGACAGUAAUCUAAAUGAGCAACACACCUCAAGGUCUUCAGCACAAUCUGACAAUGAUGAUGGUCAUGGGAAGUACAAUCAGGUUAUGAUGAAGUCACCGUUAUCUUUGGGGAACCCAGAAGCUGGUUCCUCACCUGCAAAGGUCGAUUACAGCCAAUCAUUUGCCUGUAUGCCUUAUACUGCUGAUGCUUAUUAUGGUGGUGUCCUGACAGGAUAUGCCUCACAUGCCAUUGUGCCAGUGUCUGCUGAGUCUACAGCAGAAGAGCCAGUGUUUGUUAAUGCAAAGCAAUAUCAUGCAAUUCUUAGAAGGAGGCAGAUACGUGCCAAACUGGAAGCCCAAAAUAAGUUGGUGAAAGGCCGAAAGCCAUACCUUCAUGAAUCUCGUCAUCGUCAUGCGAUGAAGCGAGCUCGUGGAUCAGGAGGGCGGUUCCUCAACACAAAGCAGCUCCAGGAACAGAAACAGAUACAGGCUUCAACUGGUGGCAAGAAUACAUUCCUUCAGAGUAGCCCGACUUUCGCACCUUCAGCAUCUGCUCCUUCCGACAUGUCAAAUGUCUCAACAAGCAGCAGAAUGCUGGCUAAUCAUCAGGAGCGUGCCUGCUUUCCAUCGGCCGGCUUCCAUCCCAUGGCCAGUUUGGGCGCACGGAGUGGAGGCGAUGCAGAGCUGGCCGUUAAUGGCAUGCAGCAGCGUGCUUCCAUGAUGAGUUAAAGCAUCCUUUGGUGCGCCGCUGGUGGCAAAUCAUCCUUGGCUUAUGAAAAUGUGGUUCCGAACUCAAAUAAAUCAAACUUGGUUGGAGUCCUUUUGAGUUUCCUGUAAUUGAAAGCACUGGUUGGCAGAUGCUUUUUGUAUGUUGACACUGAAAUCCGUACCUGAUCUCUUUUGUGUGUACCCUUCUAAAAUAAAGUCAUCCUGGCUCAAGGGGCUGGGUGGAGGCCAUUGGCCUAUCCUUCCUUACCUGAUGUGUUAUUUAUUUGGUACUUAGGGUUCA